AUGGAAGGAUGCCCCGCCAAUGCCUUCAGCUACAACCGUUCGCAGUGCGCCUGCAUCCCCGGCUACCUGUUCAACUCCACCACCAACAGCUGCGACCUCUUGCCCGAGCUUGGUCCACCUCUGGAGCUCAGCAGCGGCGUCGACAACUACGAUUCACUCCUUUCCUUCCCGGAGACUAUUUUCUCCUUCGACUCCAUCAGAAAGUUCACUCAGUCUCAGGCGGUGUUUCUCGAGGCCACGCUCGUCAUGCUUCUCUGCUGGCUCGGCUUCUGCCUCCUCAUGCGCCUCUUCCCCCUCGCCUCCAACGGCCAUUCUCCUUGGUUUAAGAUUCGGUGGUGGAUUAGCCGUCUCGAUAUCUCCUUCGCCACUCGCCACUGGCUGCACGACCGGAAGCCCCUUGUCAAACGCAAGACUGAGCUAGGCGGCGCUUUCUCCAUUGCCAGCUGGAUACUCUUUAUAGGCUUCUUUGCUGCUUUGCUCUACCAAUUUAUUUCGAGGACAAAUGUCGAGGUGCACAACAUCCGAGCUGUAAACGCGCCCGACUUGGCUUCCUUCCUGAAUGACUUUGAAUUCAACAUCACUACAAUCUCCAACAUGAGCUGUGAGCAGUUGCGUGGUCUUGAAACUGUGGUUUUAGGAAAUCCUCUCUUUAUUGAUCAUAGAGUCUAUCCACUUUCAUUGUUUUCCAAUGCUUCGUGUCGCAACACCACCUUAGGACCAUCUGUAUCUCUUAGGUGCAAUAGCUGCCGGCUCUUUAGAGACUUCACCUACGUCUCGUGGCAUUUCAUUGAUAUCCCUAAUAGUCCAGCUGUUGCCAUCGGUUUUCAGUUUAACCUUACUGCAAAGAACCAUGGCAGCAACAAGCAUUUGAGUUUUGUUAGUGGGUUUUUGAAGAAUUCAAGCGAAUCUGAUGGCAGGCCAGUUACAUAUAGAGGGGCUAUGCCAAAUAUUCUGAAAUUCAACCUGUUUCCUAGAUUAUACCGCAACUUGCGUGAUCUAAAGCUCAUCCAACCUCUGUUUCAAGAUUUCCUCCCAGGUUCGUAUUUCGGGGAUGCAAAUCAGCUUCGAGCGUCUCUUGAGAGCUCCAGCAAUGGGUUAAUCAAUACGACAUUGUGUAUCAACUUCCUCUCUUCGUAUAUUGUUGAGAUUGACAAUCAAAAUAUAUCAGGGCCCGUGAGCUUCCUUGCUGAUCUGGGUGGCCUCUACUGCAUAAGUAUCGGUAUAUUUUUCUGCUUCUUGGUGCAAUGUGAAUACAGAAUCAAGAGGCUUCGUAACGAGGACAGGUUAAUGAUGACAAUUAGAAAUCGCACAAAAGCCCAAGAUCGGUGGGACAAAUUGAGAAAGUAUGUGAGGUACACGUGGGGAUCUUGUUCAUUGGAUGACGGCAGAAGUGGGACAGACAACGCAUGCUGCUCUGGACUUUUGACCAAACCGUUCCAUCAAAGUAUGUCAUCACGUAGACGACGAUUACAGGGAUUUGAUGGCAUCAGUUUUAGCCAAAAGAAAGCUCAACCUCAACCAGAGCACGUUCAUUCUCAAGAAGUCAGAUCUUGCUUAACUGAAGGUGACAGAGACCAAGAAAACAAUCACCUUUCUCAGAAUGUAAACCAGUAA